AUGAAUACUUUUUCCGACGAAGACUGUGAAACACUGAUUGAAUUGAUCAGACAGCACCCUCCGAUAUACGAUGCACAACUAGACUCCUACAGAGACGAAAAUUUGAAGGAUAAUAUUUGGGAGAGCAUAGCUGAAAUCAUAAAUAAAACAGAUUCGGAAUGCCGUAAAAAAUGGAAACUAAUCAGGGACUCCUACAACAGAUAUAAGUGCAAACAAAAAACUUCCACGAGAUUUGCAGCACCAGCUAAAAUUCAAAGUGGCAAUUUUAUGAACGUU